ACAAGGCGGAAGCGGAAAUAGAGGAACAUUGGCUAACAACUGGGAGCUCUCUCUGCUGAACCUGUUCUCAAGUCAAGAUUACUUCUUUAAUUUGCCUCCGUGUUGAUAAGGUUUUCUCCGUUAAAGGGAGUAUUAAUGUCCUUUUGUGGAACACAGAAUAGUGGGCGCCGUAGUAAAUGGGACCAACCUGGUCCCGGGUCGGGCUCCUCCGGUGGGAUGGGGGGGUCUGAGGCUGCGCCCACCGGGGCUCUGGAUGCUGCAGCUGCGGUGGCCGCAAAGAUUAACGCCAUGUUGGUCGCUAAAGGAAAGCUCAAACCCUCCCAGAUAGGAACAUCGGGGCUGUUGGACAAGACUGUGGGUGCUGGAAAGUCUGCAGUGCCUCCAAAAGCCAAAGAUGAUUUGGUUGUAGCCGAAGUUGAGAUCAACGAUGUCCCGAUCAACUGUCGAAACCUCCUGACACGCGGACAGACGCAGGAUGAGAUCAGCAAGGUGAGCGGAGCCGCAGUUUCAACCAGAGGUCGAUACAUGACAGCAGAGGAAAAAGGCAAAGCGCUUCCAGGGGACCGACCUCUGUAUUUGCAUGUUCAAGGACAGACAAGAGAGCUGGUGGACAGAGCUGUUAAUAAAAUUAAGGAGGUCAUCACAAACGGUGUGGUGAAAGCUGCUACUGCUUCGCCGUCCUCAUCUUUCUCCUCGAGUGGAGCCCCAGUCACAGUGUACCAUCAGCAGAACCCCCCUGCACCCUCACUGCCCGUCAUGACCAACCAGAAACCUCACUUUCAGUCAGGGAUGCACUACGUUCAAGAUAAAGUCUUUGUGGGGCUGGAGCACGCCAUCGCAGGAUUCCCCGUUAAAGAGCGAGUAGAGGGCGUAGGCUGUUCGUAUCUUCAGCACAUUCAGGCUGAGACGGGGGCCAAAGUCUUUCUCAGAGGAAAAGGAUCUGGCUGUUUAGAGCCAGCUUCAGGACGGGAGGCCUUCGAGCCUAUGUACAUUUACAUUAGUCAUCCUAAACCAGAAGGACUAGCAGCAGCAAAGACGUUGUGUGAAAACCUUCUUCAGACUGUCCAUGCAGAGUAUUCACGUUACCUUAGUCAAAUGAGCACGAUAAUGCCAGCACAGCAAGGCUUUACACAGCCCUCAGUGGUCAAUGGGGUGCCUCCUCAGCCCCCGUACUACCCUCCAGCUGGUUACCAAUCAGGCUAUCCCCUGCCUGUGCCCCCACCUCAGCCCCAACCUGUCCCUCCACCAUAUAACGUACCCCUUCCUAUUCCUCCAGUGGCACCAGCAGGUGUGCCAGCUCAGUACCCAGUUCGCCCUCCAUGCCCGGUUCCAGCUCCUCCCCCCAUUCCUGCUCACCCUUUGGCUCCAAUGCCGACUCCCACGGUGGCUCCUGGACCAGCGCCUAUUUUGCCACCAACUCAGGCCCCAGAGAUUCUGCCCCAGACUCUUCCUCCUGUCCAUUUUCUUCCCUCUGCUGCAGCACCACCCAAAGCUCCACCUCCAGCUGCUCCCACCAGCCAACCACAGAAGAGACGUUUCACAGAGGAGGUUCCAGAUGAGAGGGACAGCGGCUUGCUUGGAUACCAACAUGGACCCAUUCAUGUGACUAAUUUAGGUGCAGGCUUCUCAGUGGGCAGCCCAGACUCUUCAGGACCCCCAUCACAGAGUUCCUCCGGCUUGGCGAGUGAGAGGAACAGUCGGCAGCUAAUGCCUCCACCACCGACCAUGGCUGUGAACGGAGUACGACCCAAAACAGAGGAGAAGAGGGUACCCCCAGCCCCUGUGGAGCCUGUAGUGAAACGACUGAGAACAGGUCUGGUGGCAUACAGCGGCGACUCCUCUGAUGAAGAGGAAGACCAACCCACCUCCAAAGCCUCAGGGCCAGGUAACCCUGGAGUAGCUCCCCCUACCUCAGCCUCUUCAGGGUGGACACCAGGCUAUCGCUGUCCUCCCCCACUGCCCCCCCGGGCCAAGACGCAACCACAACAGCAGCCCAUGCCUUUCUGGAUGGCACCGUAACACAACAACUACAAAAAAAAGAGAUUUGUCAGUGUCCUACAGGAUGUUUGUUCAUAUCCAGCUCAGGCCACUGAUGCCUGCUGCUCACAUGUGGAAGAUUCUUAAAAGCGGUUUGUUGAUUUCAGUUAUUUUUAGUAAAAAAAAAAAAAAAAAAAGAUGUUUUGUACAAAUCCAGUGUUUGUUUGUUUUUGCAUACAGAUUGUGUAAAGAUGAACUUUGGCAAAAUAAUUCUUGAUUUUAUUUUGUGUAGAUAGUCAAAUGAGGGACAUUUUUUCUGGUUAAUGAAACAUUUAAGCAGAAACCUUUUUUUUGUUGUUGUAGUGUCAUUGUACAUAUAGAGUAAAACACAGGGCAGUUUUUAUCAUUUUCCUCCUUUUUCACCACCUUUUUUUCCUCUUCAAUUUUUUGUUUUUGUACAGAUCAUAUUCAUGUUUUGUGUAGGGCGCCUUCUACAUUUACUUCAAACAAAAAAAAUAAACUUAAUUUAUUUGUGUGCUUGA